GCUGGCUGACUCUUGGCAACGGCCUCACCACCGAUAAUUGGGACAAAGAGACCUACCUGAAGUGGUUUGAGGGCGACAAGCAGUGGCCGGAGGUGCAGGACUACAAGGGCGGGCGGCUCCUCGGGAGCAUCGCAGAGAUCGACGUCCUACGACCCAAGAGCCCUGUGCGACCAGGGCGGAAGAGGAGCCGUACGCCAUCACCGCGGCGACGCGUCGGUCCCAGUUCGGGAGCGGGCGGGUGGCGAGCAGCGAGGGCCUCCCGCGACUACGAUUACGAGGAGGACGAGAAGCCUCUGCCGGAGGACUUGGGGGAGAUGGCUCCACCGAUUCCCAAGGAGGACGACUAG